ACUCCUUUCCUCGGUGCCGAAUGGAACACAACGAUUGUUACGGCGUUCUGUGUCGGGAAAUGACGAAAAACAAGGGACACGUGUAGAAACCCCAAAAUGGGGGACAGCCGGAUGGUUUGGCCAACCGCGCUGUUGACCCUUUUUACCUUCGGAGGGGCCUUUGCCGGAUCGCCAGGUGCUGGAGGAAGUUACUUAGGAGACGUCAACGUUUCAGCUAUUUUGGACUCCUUCAGUGUAAGCUACGAUAAAAGAGUAAGACCGAAUUACGGAGGCCCACCCGUGGAUGUGGGAGUCACUAUGUACGUGCUCAGCAUUAGCUCGCUGUCCGAGGUCCAGAUGGAUUUCACCUUGGACUUUUACUUUCGACAAUUCUGGACCGAUCCUAGAUUGGCAUUCCGGAAAAGGCCCAGCGUCGAGAUCCUUUCCGUAGGAUCAGAAUUCAUCAAAAACAUCUGGGUACCCGAUACCUUCUUCGUUAACGAAAAACAUUCAUCUUUCCACAUGGCGACCACUUCCAAUGAAUUCAUUCGUAUACACCAUUCGGGUUCAAUAACACGAAGUAUCAGACUCACAAUCACAGCAUCAUGUCCUAUGAAUUUACAAUAUUUUCCUAUGGAUCGGCAGCUCUGUCACAUAGAAAUUGAAAGUUUCGGUUACACCAUGAGAGACAUCCGGUAUAAGUGGAACGAAGGUCCUAACUCGGUGGGGGUUUCCAACGAAGUGUCGCUGCCCCAGUUUAAGGUCCUUGGACACAGGCAGAGAGCUAUGGAGAUCAGCCUUACCACAGGAAACUACUCUAGAUUGGCUUGUGAAAUUCAAUUCGUACGAUCAAUGGGUUACUAUCUUAUCCAAAUAUACAUCCCGUCCGGCCUUAUCGUCAUCAUUUCUUGGGUAAGCUUUUGGCUUAAUCGUAACGCGACGCCAGCCAGAGUGGCUCUGGGUGUUACUACCGUGUUAACCAUGACAACACUCAUGUCGUCAACAAAUGCUGCACUACCGAAAAUCUCCUACGUCAAAUCGAUCGACGUUUACCUGGGGACCUGCUUCGUGAUGGUCUUUGCGAGUCUAUUAGAAUAUGCUACAGUAGGUUAUAUGGCGAAACGAAUACAGAUGCGAAAAAAUAGGUUUUUGGCAAUACAAAAAAUAGCGGAACAGAAAAAAUUAAAUGUCGACGGCGGUCCGGAUGAUCAUGCUCCCAAACAAACAGAGGUACGUUUCAAGGUUCACGACCCGAAAGCGCACAGCAAGGGCGGUACGCUCGAAAGCACCGUGAAUGGCGGUAGAGGCGGUGAUCGAGGAGGCGCAGGUCCGGACGAAGAAGCGGGCGCGCCGAUUCCUCAACACAUCAUCCACCCCAAUAAAGAUAUCAACAAAUUAUACGGGAUCACGCCCUCGGAUAUCGAUAAAUAUUCCAGGAUAGUGUUUCCCGUGUGCUUCGUGUGCUUCAACUUGAUGUACUGGAUCAUAUAUUUGCACAUCUCCGAUGUGGUAGCCGACGAUCUGGUUUUGCUCGAAUCGGAUAAAUAAAUAUUCGGUUUAAACAUAUUUGAAAAUGUGCUUUUGAUCAUUAUCCUCCAGUUUUUAUUAUCGGUGAGAAAAUUACAGGUUUUUAGGAAUACUACCCUAUAAUACUGCACCCACAAGCGAAGCACUGAUUAAAACAAGUCUGGUAUCCAAAAGACCGAAUGUUUGAUAUAUAGUCACCAUUCGAACGGAAAAAGUCCAAAUUAAUGGUUGCGAAUAAGCAAUCAAACCAACGACUGUGCUUUGAUUUAAACAGGUUUAAAGGAUCCAAAAGAAACACCAAAUGUUUGAGACAUAAGCUUGGAUAGAACCUUUUAAAUCAACCAAUAUGUUCAUGGUUACAAGCAAGCAAUUGAACCUGCUAGUGGAGCUCUAAUCUAAACAUAUAAGGAAGGAAUAAUCAAAUUUUUGAAGGAUACAAAAGAUCAAAAAGACAUUAACUUGGUCAAAGCCUUCUAAAUCAAACAGUCAGUUCAUGUAUAGCCGCCAGUCGAACGGGUUAAGUCCAAAUUCGUGGUUUUGAAUAAGCAAUCAAACUAACGACUGUAGCUUUGAUUUAAACAGGUUUAAAGGAUCCAAAACAAAGACCAAAUGUUUGAGAUAUAAGCAUGGACAGAGCCUUUUAAAUCAAGCAAUAUGUUGAUGCAAUCCAGUAAGUCUUAAUUUGAACAUGACAAGUUCAAAUUCAUGGGUAAAAGCAAGCAAUUGAACUUGCUAGUGGAGCUCUAAUCUAAACAUAUAAGGAAGGAAUAAUCAAAUUUUUGAAGGAUACAAAAGAUCAAAAAGACAUUAACUUGGUCAAAGCCUUCUAAAUCAAACAGUCAGUUCAUGUAUAGCCGCCAGUCGAACGGGUUAAGUCCAAAUUCGUGGUUUUGAAUAAGCAAUCAAACUAACGACUGUAGCUUUGAUUUAAACAGGUUUAAAGGAUCCAAAACAAAGACCAAAUGUUUGAGAUAUAAGCAUGGACAGAGCCUUUUAAAUCAAGCAAUAUGUUGAUGCAAUCCAGUAAGUCUUAAUUUGAACAUGACAAGUUCAAAUUCAUGGGUAAAAGCAAGCAAUUGAACUUGCUAGUGGAGCUCUAAUCUAAACAUAUAAGGAAGGAAUAAUCAAAUUUUUGAAGGAUACAAAAGAUCAAAAAGACAUUAACUUGGUCAAAGCCUUCUAAAUCAAACAGUCAGUUCAUGUAUAGCCGCCAGUCGAACGGGUUAAGUCCAAAUUCGUGGUUUUGAAUAAGCAAUCAAACUAACGACUGUAGCUUUGAUUUAAACAGGUUUAAAGGAUCCAAAACAAAGACCAAAUGUUUGAGAUAUAAGCAUGGACAGAGCCUUUUAAAUCAAGCAAUAUGUUGAUGCAAUCCAGUAAGUCUUAAUUUGAACAUGACAAGUUCAAAUUCAUGGGUAAAAGCAAGCAAUUGAACUUGCUAGUGGAGCUCUAAUCUAAACAUAUAAGGAAGGAAUAAUCAAAUUUUUGAAGGAUACAAAAGAUCAAAAAGACAUUAACUUGGUCAAAGCCUUCUAAAUCAAACAGUCAGUUCAUGUAUAGCCGCCAGUCGAACGGGUUAAGUCCAAAUUCGUGGUUUUGAAUAAGCAAUCAAACUAACGACUGUAGCUUUGAUUUAAACAGGUUUAAAGGAUCCAAAACAAAGACCAAAUGUUUGAGAUAUAAGCUUGGACAGAGCCUUUUAAAUCAAGCAAUAUGUUGAUGCAAUCCAGUAAGUCUUAAUUUGAACAUGACAAGUUCAAAUUCAUGGGUAAAAGCAAGCAAUUGAACUUGCUAGUGGAGCUCUAAUCUAAACAUAUAAGGAAGGAAUAAUCAAAUUUUUGAAGGAUACAAAAGAUCAAAAAGACAUUAACUUGGUCAAAGCCUUCUAAAUCAAACAGUCAGUUCAUGUAUAGCCGCCAGUCGAACGGGUUAAGUCCAAAUUCGUGGUUUUGAAUAAGCAAUCACACUAACGACUGUAGCUUUGAUUUAAACAGGUUUAAAGGAUCCAAAACAAAGACCAAAUGUUUGAGAUAUAAGCUUGGACAGAGCCUUUUAAAUCAAGCAAUAUGUUGAUGCAAUCCAGUAAGUCUUAAUUUGAACAUGACAAGUUCAAAUUCAUGGGUAAAAGCAAGCAAUUGAACUUGCUAGUGGAGCUCUAAUCUAAACAUAUAAGGAAGGAAUAAUCAAAUUUUUGAAGGAUACAAAAGAUCAAAAAGACAUUAACUUGGUCAAAGCCUUCUAAAUCAAACAGUCAGUUCAUGUAUAGCCGCCAGUCGAACGGGUUAAGUCCAAAUUCGUGGUUUUGAAUAAGCAAUCAAACUAACGACUGUAGCUUUGAUUUAAACAGGUUUAAAGGAUCCAAAACAAAGACCAAAUGUUUGAGACAUAAGCUUGCAUAGAAUCUUUUAAAUCAAGCAAUAUGUUGAUGCAAUCGAACUGGUCAUAAUCUGUAUCUGUAUCUGCUAUGUCAUGAAUAAAAUUUGAUAGAAUGCAGGAAUGUUUCUUGGUGGCUAUUAGACAGUCUAAUAACCCAAGAGAAUUUCAAGCAACGGACAAGUAUUUCCAAGAAACUAUAAUUGAAAAACAAGCAUCAUCUAAGCUAAAAAAAAUCAUUUCUGCCAUCUUAUCUCUCAAAAACUGCACUGAUAUGAAUAAAAAUUGAUAUAGAUAACGUUUAACUGUAAUAUCUAGAAUAUAUUCAAUUAACUAAAGCAAAAUGAUACUGCACAAUGCUUUUAAAUUAAAAUCGAACUAAAAACAAGUUGAUACAAAUCUGGAGGUAUUUGCGAAAUUUCAAUUUCGAACGAAAACAUGUUUCAAAUGCAUUUUUGGGUUUUACGUUAAUAUUAGUCAACUUUACCUAACCAAUUAAACGUGAUAUGUAAAUUUGAAAUUCAAAAUUCACAUAUACUUAACUGAAGAUAAUAUCUAAAGCACAUUUUACGAAAAUCGUGGCGAUCCAAUCAGUGACAAACUAAAAAUUGAACGAUAAUCGUAUUUUUUAUUAACUGAGCCUCGUAGAUUAGUGUUGAAAUACUCAUCAAUUAAUGAAUACACCACGUAUAAAGUCCCUUUCACUAUUUCAAAAACUUGGUGAUGUGAAAUUAUUCUCAAAUAAUUAUUUUUUAAUAAUUUCAUUUUUUUUAUUAUUAUCCGUAUUUGAUUUUACAAUUUUUUAGUGCUUUUUCGAUCUAACAAUUACAGGAAAAUGAAAAGUAGUUUUGAAAUUGUGCGAGAAAGCGCUGAAACUUAUCACUUCAUAUUUUAUUCAAUAAAAUUGACCUCAAAAUAUAUUAUAACGUCAUGAAUUCAUAAUAAAAAAUUAGUUUUAAUUGAUAUUGAAGGUUUUUGGACAGUGAAAAUGCUGCAAUCGUAACCCAAACUUAAUUUCACUUUAUUCCUUUGAAGUCAUGUCAUACACAGACAAUUUUUAAUGUCUUUCUGUCCACUAUUCUCGUUACUUGAGGUGAAUGUACUUUACAAACUCCGAGUAAUGAACAUAAAUAAACAGAUACUUCAUAUCUUUAUUAAAUUGUUAAGUAGAAAAAGCAAUAUGAAAGAAGAGAAGGAGGCAUACAAAGCCAUAAGAAACAAAGUCAAGAAAGAAAUCGAAAAAUAAGCAAAUAACUAUAAUUACGGAGAGUUAGAUAGAAGGAUUAGAAAAGAAAUUGAAGGGGAAGAAGCAGCGAUAGGAAAAAUAGAAAUGGGAAAAGCGCGUGGAGAUGACAACAAGCGAGAAUGAUGAAACAUUCGGGAGAAACAAGAAAGAAAUAGAUGUUAAAGAUACACAGAGACUGGGAAAACAAUCAAUUGAUACCAAUACAUAAAAAAAAGAGAUGACACAAUGUACGAAAAAUAAAAAGCGAUGUGCUUAUCGUGAGUUGGGUUUAAAACAUAUGAGAAAAUAAUCGAAACAAAGAUAAAGAAAUACAAGGAAAAGAGUAUAAGGAAAAUAGAAAAAUAACCAGAGAUAACGAAAGAAAUAUAACAUUAAAGAUAACAUAAGAAAGAUUGAAUAGAAAGAAAAGAUUAGAAUGAGAAUGGUGGUAAAACAAGGAUAUAGUCUUAGUCCUUUUCUAUUCAUGAAUUUCAUGGAUAAAAUAAAAGAAAAGGAAGGAAAAACCGGUAAAAAUAGACGGAUUAGUAUAUGCAGACGAUAUAGUAAUCGUAGAAGAUACAGUUAAGAUAAUGGAAAACAAAGUAAACACGUGGAUAAAGAAAAUAGAAGACCUGAGACUGAGUCAUAUCAAUAGAAAACGAAAAAAUAAUGGGUAAUAAGCAAAAAUAUGCAGAAUAGAAUAGUAGAAGAGUAGUUGAAACUAAAGGAAAUAACAAGGAAAACGAUGACGGAUAUUGAAAUAUGUAAACUUAUCUUUUAAAUAACGACAUACAUUCUUGUGGAUGCUUCUUUAUAAAGAGAUAGCGAGAAAUUGGUUUUCAAAACAGAAAUAACAAAAUUCGUGUUUGUUAGUUUCAAAAAUUAAGGAAAAUAAGCUUUGAAAAGGAAGUGACGGUUGUCGUUUAUCAAUAUAUGAAGGGAAGUUUUUUGUUUUGUUACAAAUAAAAUAUAAAAAUGAGUUUUUGAUCCCGUAACAUUUACAAAAAAAACGAAUAAUUUGAAGGUUGAUUCUAUUGAAAAAAAAAUCGAUUUAGUUUUAUGUUUAACGGAAAUAUUAUAUCGCUCAGUCGGCUGUGCAAUUUCUGUGCUAUUUUUGGAAAUCGUGAAAUUACCGCGAAAAAAAAAUUGAAGAACUGAGCAUUCUUCAAUUAGGGCUUCUAUUUCACCAAGAUGAGUCGUUGUAAAUAGUUCUCAGGUUUUUUUCGAUCCGGAGAAAAAAAUUAAUCAACUUUUACGAUUUCUAAUCGAGCGAUACGUAUAAAAAAAAACCAAGAGAUAAUCAGGGUAAAAAUUUUCACGAAUUACAGACUAGAGAAUUAAUUUAACGAACCACGGAACUAUUUGAUUUUAAUCGUUGAGAUUCGUUGGUUAAAAUAAACUUUGUCUGGUAUACCAAAGUUGAAAUAUAAAAAUGGGAGCGAUAUUUCGCAGAAAAUGUGAAUUUUCAAAAUCGGCAGCUUAAUCGAUGACUUCUAAAAUCUAUAUUUAGAAUAGACUUUAUUAAAAUUCAACUCACUUUUCUAUAUAUUUUCAUUAAUUUUUUUCUCUGUGAUCUUUACCUCAUACCACGACACACACAUUUAUAUACAAGGUGUUCACAUAAUACCUGUCCGAAAUCAAUUUCAAAUUAACCGUUUUUUCUUUAUAAACAGGACUGUAUUUAUUGUAUUUGUGAACAUCUUCGUUAAUAUUUCAAGACGAAUAUCAUAAAUUAUUUUUGUUUAAUUUAAUAAUGUUUAAAUAUUUAUUUGUUGUUACGUUCUAGUCGCUGGUAGUCUAGAUUCGGUUAGAUAUAGUUUAAAAAAAUAUUAAUGAAAGUCGAGGUUAAAUACCGGAUUUUCUGUAUUUUAUAUAACUUUACAGUAUUUUUAUUAACAUGGUCUCUAAUAUAUCAAAAAUUUUUAUAGCGAUUAAAAAAAAAUGUAAAAAUUGCUUAAAAUAUUGCAAUGUGUCAACGUUGCAAAAAAUGAUUCGUAGUAGGGAGUAGAAAAAAGUAUCUGUGAUAGGUCGAAACGUGUUUUUAGUUAUUAAUAUUAAUAAUCAAGAAUACACAAAGUGAUUUUCAUUUGAAAAAGUCUAAAAUUGAUAAAAAAUUCAAACUUUACAUAAUAAUAUAUACUAAAAUACCUCAAAAAUGUAAUUACGUCUCUUAUAUUGAUUCCUAGUUAUCACAAAAUCAAUCUCUACAGGAUAAUUAUCACCUUCCUGUCAUAUUCAAGAACACUGUAUCCAAAAAUAAAUAGAAAACAUCCUCGAGACUUGAAAUUUAUCCAAAAAUAAUCAAAGUCAGUUGGUCAGAACAGUAACUAGUAAAGUAUGAAAUCUUACCUGUAUGAAAGCAUCAUCAUGCACUGUUUGGAUAAGUCCAUUUCUGGAUAAACAUUAUGCAUAUAAAGUAUUUCAACUAUUUCCGGUUUCAUUGGAAAAUUGGUUUCCACUAAAUAUUAUGACAACUACAUCAUCUUGAUUUUUAAAAACGCAUAAAUUAAAACUACUGCUUUUUCCAUAUUCCAUAUUCCAUGUAAGAUUGUGUUAAACACUAUAGUUGCUUUAGCAGCGGAUUAUUACAAUUUAUUCUUAAACAACUCUUAAAGUACAUCAAGAAUUUGUCAAAAAAACUCAAUAUUGAACCUGGUAAUUUCACCUUCCAAUAAAAUCCGAUAGAGUUGCCCUAGAGUAAAAGAUUUGCUAGAAAAAAUACAAGAUAAAUAAAGUAGGACAAUAUAUUAAAUAAUAUUAAAACUUAUUAUUUUGUGAUUCUCAAAAAGUUACUUACGACUUACUAGAACAUUUAAAUAUCAAUAAACAAAGAAUAGUAAGAUUAAAAUAUUGAAAUUAAGACAAACUGAGGCGAGGUUAAAGGUUAAAUUACUUUGUGAUUCUAUUUAAAAUAAUUAAAAACUUUGUGGUUAAUGAAAACUAAAUUAUAAAAUAGGAAUAACAAAGAUUUUUGUAGUUGAACUGAAAGGAUUAUAUAUUAUCAGAACUUCCGGUCUGCAACAUUAAAAAUACUCUUUCUGUACUGACAUACUUGCCAAACACAUCGAAAAUCAAACGGUACAAAUUGAAGUUUUUAUUAGAAAUGACGUACUGUAUAAAAUAACUGUCAUUGUAGUGGAUACGUAAAGGCUUCAAUUAGAAAAUACAUACAGGAUGUCCGAAACGAAAGUUCCACAUAUUCACGUUGUCUAAAUAUAUUAGUUGGAAUUUUUGCUACAAUAUAAUAUAAAAAAAUUAUAGUCGUGCCUAGUGGGACAUACCUAUAUAUUCAAAAAACAUCUUGUAUAUAUUAUUAUCGUAAACGGUGUUGCAAAUAUGUUUCACUACAAACGUGAGAUACUGUUUUAUAAUCACCCUUGUACAUAAUGGCGUUUUAUACCUAUUCCACGCGCACAGCCCAGCUAUAUAGGUUAGGUAGCACGUAUAUCGACACUUAUUCCAUAUAGUAGAGAUCUUGAUUCAGUUAUAUUUGAACUACCCAAUACUUUAUCAAAUUGAUUUAUCUAUGUUAGUGUACAGUGCUGUACUUACCAAUUGAUGGCUUUUAAUACGAAUUUCAUUAUUUGUAUCAUCUUGAAUUUUUUUGUAAUAAAUAGAUCCUGAUAGAUAAAAACUGUAUCAAGAUCACUACAACUUACAAAAACCUGUCAUAUUUGGUAUAGAAAUUUUGAUAUAUUUUUAAAUAGAAUAUAAAUGUCAGCCUAGAUUUUGAUACGUUUUAAGGAUUUCUUAGAGAAGUUUUAACCCAAAAAGGAAUCUAAAAUGAAGCUGGAUACAUGUAAAGACGUUGGUAAUAAACUUAUUCGAUGUACUAAGAAGAACUUGUACAGACAAUUUUGACAGAUGACAGAUGUAAAGAUACACUUCAAUAAUAAACUAUCACUAAUUUUCUCGCAUAACCUCAAAAUUUCCGCCUUCGUUUUUCCAUAUACAUAUUUUUGUAGAAAAAAUUAAAAUGUUUAUUAGUAUCAUGAUUACUAAUUAAAUAUCAAAACUUCUGUACCAAUAUUACGUAUUACAUUCCAGUUAUACAGUCUUUUUAUGAAUAACUAAGCCAUUGAUGUAUGGUAUCAAAAGAAACUCGGUAACAACAUGGUGAAAAUUAGUAGUAAUACUCGUGUAUACAAUGCUGCCAGCGUUCUGGUAAUUCCAAGAAACUAUGGUAAUUUGUAACAUGAGCAUACAUAACUAUGAAUUUUAACUAACUGGUUGUUACUGAAUUUUUUGCGCAGAACAAUAAUAAUUACCUACAUCGUAUGAAUAUUCAUGUAACGCACUGUAUAUAUUCCUCAGAAAAAUAUAUGCAAACCGUUUGAGAAAAAAAAACGGUAAAACGAAAUUCUAAAAAUGUAUUAUAAAAAUAUUAUUGUAAUAAAAUUAUAUAUAUACAAAAAAUAGGUAGUACACGCGCUCGUAGCCAAAAUAAAAAAAAGAAAUACCUAGAAACACUGUAAAUAUAAUAAAUUAGCGCCACAGAAUUAUUAAUAAUUAAUUCGCAUUAAGACAAUUUGUGAGUGCGUCUGACCAAGACAGGCUGGAAACGAGCGAAUUAAGAAUCGUUAAAUCUUUUUUAUAUAACUAAACAUUCCAUUACAAUAUCUGGAUUUAUAUCGUUUGAUUUGUUUCAAAAAGUAACUUCAUACAAAAAAAGAAAAUGCUUGGCAACAUAGCAAGUAACAGAUAUUACCUCAUAACCAGAGACGUACUAAAUAUUAUUUUAAGAUAAUAAAAUUUUUUAGUUUCUUAAAAUUUUUUAAAUAAAGUCAAAUAUUUGCUAAUAAACCAUUCACUAUUUUCCAGAUAAAUAUGUUUUCCAAAGUUUCCUAUAAUAUUCACUAUGUGAAUCCAAAAAAAAUAAAAACUUAGUUUUGUAAGAAGGAUUUUAAGAUAUGACGCGCUCCCGAAAAAAAACUUUCCCUAGUUUGUACACCGUACCGUCACUCCAGUGUUUAAUAUUUUUAGGCACUUAGCACAGAGCAAGAUUCUGGAGCAAUAUACAGAGUAAAUCAUAAAAAACCUUCCUUCUUAUGAAAAAAAAAUUGACACGCUGUAAACUGCACCCCGAACAGCGAGCAUACCGAAAACUGACGUCAGCAUUUGACGAAUUUCUAAUUAACAGGUCAAGGUCAACUUAAAAAUAAUAAAUUUUCUGUUAAAAUGUGGUAUAAUGUGCAAAGAUAUAGUCAAUUAAUACAAAAAUUAAUAUAUAGUUUAGCUGAUCAUGAAAUUAAAAUUUGCUUUCUAUUUCGAAUGUUAUGCAACCAGUAUUACGAGUAUAUGAAUAAACAUUUUUCAAUUAAUGAUAUUUUUAGGUAACAACAGCUUAUGUUACAGUGAGAUAUUCCAUUACAUGUAGUAGGCAAUAACAUUGAAAUAUUUAUUUUUAGCUUCAGGUAGUUUCAAAACUUUCAAAGGUUAUAAUUAGAUCAAAAGUUUUCAUGAAUGUGUAUUUGAUCAAUUUAAUCAAAAGAUGUCAUACUUUCCCGACUCGAAUAAUAGUACAGUGAUAUUGAUUUAAUUUUUGCGUUAUGACUGUCAUUACCAUGGAAUAAUAUGUAUAAUCUCAUAUACUAUCAAAAUAAAAAAAUAAUAGGUCGAGAUAGCCGUAUUCUUAAUCCGUAUUAAACCAUCAAAAUCACAAUUCGACAGUUCAAAAUAUUGUUUGUUAAUAAUCCAAUAAAAUUAGUGUACGAGACGGCCCUGGUCUUAUUCCCUAUUAGUUCAUUGACAUUACAUCUCGAGAUUUUUAAAAUGGUAAUAAUUCAUUUAUGUUAGACAAGAUACAUUGAUAAAACUCACACAAAACUAAAAAUAUGUGUUUUGCCGAUAUUUCAGUCAAAAUUUCAAUGAAAUGUGACAACAACUUCACUCGACAAUAUAAAUACAGAGCAGAGCCGGAUUAGAUUAGAUAAAUUAUAACUUUAUUGCUUUAUAUUCUAUAGGGAUAAGUAAUGAGGUUCAAAGCCCCAGAUAUGUUAUGUCACACAGUUAAAUUUAUAUAUGUGCUUAAUUUAGGGCUGAACAUCUGAAUCCGAAAGUAAUGAGUCAAGGACAUACCACAGAGAUUAAUAAAUGAAACCAUAUGAGUCAUUCAUUCUGUAUGAUUUAUUUCUUAUUAAUGAGUUAGUAUAAAGCCAAAAGUUGACCUUGUAUACAGACACGAUUGACAGAAGAUAGGCCGGAGCCAGAGCUUGCUAUUGUCAGUGGCGGCGGGCUCGUUAGGGAAGGGAGUUCUUGAUGGGUCGAUACUUGAAUGGUUUGACCCGUUUCAGCAUCUCCCGACCCGCACUGCGAGCGACUAUUGCUCACUAUUAAAUAUUCUAAAUGAUAAGAAAGAGUUGUAUGUACUAUAUUUGAAAAACAUUCCAAUUAUUUAUUAACUACGUAUUGCGUAGGUAUUAUACUGUUUGGCGUUUUUAUUUAAAUAAAAAAGUAUUG